GACUCGUUGAAAUAUGAGUCACAGUACAUGACCUUAUGUUCGGUUGACGCAUUUAAAAUUGCUCUCUGUUUCUGUUGUGAUGUGCCAUGUUGUGUGUCGAGGCGGCGGCAGGUUGCAAAAUCUUGUGUUGACUAGAGAUAUUAACGCACUGAUCAGUUUUUUAAAUAACGGUUAUAAUAUAAAUACUGUCAAUCAGUUUGACGAAACUGCACUUUACGUUGCAUCAUAUUACGGUGAUUCAGAAAUUGUUGAUGUUCUUCUCAACAGAAAUGCUGAUCCUAAUUUACCUACCGUAGAAGGAAAUACACCACUUCAUUCAGCUGCCUUUAGAGGACAUACAGAUGUUAUGAGACAGUUACUCACACACGGGGCAGAUGAAUGUUACAAAAACAAUCUAGGUAUGACUGCUGCUGACCUUCUUGAGGCUCAUGAAUCUGCUGAAAAGUGUACUAAGUUAUAUUACGAUGAGAGACGCUUCUAAACUACCAUGCCUCAUAGGUGACUUGUCAAAGUUGAAAGCUGAACAGAGCCCAAAAUCGAUAAGGUUAAACUUUCGAUCUGCCGAAAUACUUCGAAAAAGAUAUUCAAAGAACAACUGGAAAUAUAUAACUCCAUUUUGUUCGUUCAACUUCCAUCACCCACAGUUUCCUAAAGAAUUUGUUUCGUUCAUACCUGUUUAUCGUGUUUCUGCUUCGGAACAGGAUAUGCCCAUACAUUCUCGCCUCAACAAAGGAGAAUUUUUUAACAGAUACUGCAAACAAUGGUUUGGAAUAUCUGUUCUCUUGAAUCAACUUAAUCCAGAUAUGAUACAGUCGUUUGAUAGGAAAAGUAAAACUGUUAUGAGAAAUUUAAUUAUCCGGGAAUUGGAAGUAAUCAGUCGUAUACAUCAUCCAAAUAUCAUCAACCUAUUGGCUAUAAUUUACAAUAUUCCUCACGAAUCACGUGAUCGAUUAAUAAAUCCUGAAAAUUUGGCCUUGGUAUAUGAACGUCCUUCCAUGGGUACUAUGUACGAGUAUAUUCAAGGGAAUGAAAAUACUCUAUCCACAUUAUCAGCUCUUGUUAUUUCAUGUCAAAUAUCUGAAGCUUUGCUAUUUCUACAUUCAUCUGGUAUUUUACAUUGUGGUGUUACACCGCAUGCCAUAUAUUUUUAUGCAGCCGAUCGAGUGAAACUAGGCAAUUUUGAAUAUUGUCAGUUUAUUCAAAUCUACGAGAAUCAAGGAAAUGAAGAUAGGUAUCAUUCGGAUGGCUUGUCAAUUCGUAAAUCAAAGUCCCGUUCACAUCAUUAUCAUCAUCGUCAUUAUCAGCAAGAUUAUAAUUUUGUCAAAGACAACGAUCAUCAACAACAACAGCUACCUUCAAUAUUUAAUCUACUUCUUGGAAUUUAUUAUUUACCAGCUAAUUGUUUAACGGAUUGGUUACCCAGUGAAUUAUAUAAUUCAUCUAAUCAUUUAUUUAAUUAUAAUCAUUUUACCGAUCUUUUAAAAUCAGUAUCCAUAGAUGAAAUUAAUCAAAUGAUUAGACCUUGUACAACGAGUGAUGUAUAUUCAUUAGCUAAAUUAAUUCAAUUUAUGUUGCCAUCAAUGAAACAAAUCACCAAGAAUACUGAUAUUUAUUCAUUUAAUAUACCUAAUAAUCUAUAUACAUUGAUAUGUUCAGCAUUAAAGAUGAAUCCAGAUGAACGUUUAUCAAUGAGACAGUUUAAUAGAUUAUUGAUACAUUUAUAUUGGGUUGAACGUGAUCGGGAAAAGUCGUUUCAUGUAUCAUUUAACAAUAUGCCUCCAUGUUCAUUAAGACUAUGUAAUCAUAAAUGGAAACCACGUUAUUGUGAACCAAUUCGUCAAUUGUACAAAAUAAAUGAUAAAGAAUAUCCCUUUUUGAAUAAAAGUAUUUCUCCUAUACAUUGUCAGACAAUGACAGAUGUUUCUGACAACGAAAAAAACAGUAUCAAUUCGAAAACGAAAUUCUUCGGUUGUCUGUCACCCAAUAACUCAGAUAGCCCUGAAAUUGUCUCUGGCUGCAUUCAGUCGAUAAAUCAAAAUGCUUCUCAAUUAUCUGCUUCAGAUAGGAAAAAGCGUAUAUCUCAAUCAGUUCCAAAAAUUUAUAAUCAGCUAUGCAAGGAACAAUGUACUAAAAAGCAGAAACGAUCAUGGCAUAAAAUAUUUCCACAUAGAAAACAAUUAAUUUCAAAAAAACAGCCUUUCCACGGAGCACACAUAGUUGGAGCCUCUUCGAAAAAAAAGUUCUUAAACAUGAAUGACAAACACGAGUCGUUAGUUACUUCAUAUUCAAGUGAAUGCCGUUCAGAUGUUCUACACAAGUGUUCACAAUCAACUGAUAAUUCAAAAGAAAAUGAAAAAAUUACUUCAGGAUUUCAUCCUUCUUUUACAAACUGGCUUAAGCGUCGAAGGUGUAAGCUGUCAAUUCAUAACGAUCUAUCACCAGAUAUGAAUAUAAAAUUUAACUGUGAGACUGGUUCAACUCCAGUAUCUAGAGCUGAAGAAAUACUGAGUAAAACAUCUAAUCCUUCAGAAAACGAUCCAAAUCGUAAAGUUCGCAAUUCAUUUACGCGCUCUCGGUUAACAAAACCUGACUAUGUUCGUUUGGCUGCUGUACCUUUAUUACCGGAAGGUGUUGAAGUAAACCCUAACUUGGUUUCAAGGAAAGAUUUAUUGUCUUGCCAAACCUCACUUACUUAUUCAUCGUUUAAUAGCCCCAGAAUUCCUUUAACCUCUUUAUCAAAUCACUCAAAUUCAGCUAUUGCUUCUCAAGAGAUUUCUGUAAGUUAUUUAUCAGAAAAAAUUUUUAAUGCCUUCAGUCCUCGUUCGAACAAGUCGUCAAAUUUCAGAUCCGAUGUUAUUGCACCAAUGAAACCAGCUUCUCAUCUAACACAAUUAUUAUCUAGUUCUAUUGAAAACCCAAAUGUUUCCGGUAGAAUUGAUUUGAUACGUACAUCUAGUUUACUUGCUCGUAGGCAACAAUGCAUAACACGACUGAAAGCUCAACAAGAUUUAAAUUUGUCUCCACCAAUCUAUGAUUUGAGAAGUUCCAUGGAUCAACAAAAUCAGUUCCAUAGGAUACCAUGUAACCAAUUUAUUUUGAAAAAUCAACGAGUAAAAAGCUUACCUAAUGUAAAGAACUAUCCAAUACAUUCUAAGAAUCAUAAUAGAUCAAUACAACUAUCAUUUCGAUCUGAUAAAAAAAGAAAGUCAUUUGAUCAUUCUAAUUGUCCAAUGAAUACUUCAAAAAAUGAAGAAUUAUUAAGAAGGCUAAAUAGAAAUUGUGUUGGUUAUUCGUCUUUUGAUGACUAUAUUUUAGUUCAAAAUAAUGAAAAAUAUCAAUCAGUUCAUACAACUGACCAUUUACUACAAGAAACAACCGUUUCAAGAUGUUCCCAGUCAAAGUGCAUUGAUAAUGUAGAAAUAAGAAAAGCCUUACUUUCUCAAAGUUGUAAAAAGCAUCAUUUAAUGGAACAUGAACCGAAACAUGAAAAUAUUUCGUCAGUCUCUAAAGAAUCCAUCGGUAUACAAUGUUCUGUUGCGGAAUCGAACUAUAGGAGCCUUGGCAUUUGUGAUGCAAGUGUACAAACCGAGAUAAGUAAUCCGAAAAUUCCAGAUUUCGGAAUUUCGGAGUCAGAAAGAGUUACGGAGAAUCAAUCAUUGUCUGUUUAUAACACUGUUUCAUCAAAUCCUGAAACGGAGCACACACUGCCAGAUGAUUUUUUCAGUUUGCCUCGUCCAUCUUCUUCUGUCAGUUUAUAUGUUGAAGAUUCAUCUGAAACUCCAUCCACUACAACACUUUCUAAACAAAUAUCUACUUCAAUGAUAGAAAUUAAAUUCCCUAAUCCACUUCAAAAGUUGAACUACUUCAAACUUCAUAGAUCUGCAAGUUUUCAUUUUGAUCAUAAUAAAUUUGUUGAUAAUCAUCUCAUGAAUAAAGAUCUCAUACUUCCUUAUAAAAUACACCUUCCACAACAUAAUAUUGAUUUAUGGAGAAGAAAAUUGUUUCUAAAAUCAUCAUCCAUUUCUCAUUACUCAUAUUCAAAUUCCUUGAACUUAUCAUUUAAAGUAAAAUCUGAUGAUGAAUAUUACAAUUUUAUGAAUAUACCUUUGACAAGUACUAUUCCAAGUUGUAAUUUAUCUUCAACCAUAAUUUCUAAGAAGUCAAAGAUUACUAAUAAAUAUUUUGAUCAUUUAUUAUUAAUCAAUAAAUUGACAUUAUCAAAUUCGAAACGAAUACCUUUUAGUGAAAUUCAAUCAAUCAAUCAAUAAUUGUCAAUCAAUAUAUUUUCCUAGAACAAUCAAAAAUUAGUUACCCUUUUGUCAUUUAUUUCAUUCAAGUAAGAUAGUUUUAUGAUUAUUAAUUUGAAUUCAAUUUUUGUUAUACAUCAAAAAAGUUUUUGUUUUUAAAUUCUGUUCAUUAAUGAUUCUAAUAAUUUUAUUCUACUGAGCUGGUUUCGAUGGAAAUGUAAUUUUAAAUGAUGAACAAAUAAAAACUAUGAAAAUUUAUUAUCAUCUCCUGAAUGUCUUGGUAUGGCUGAGGGUGCGGGGGGGAGUCUAUUCUCCCUCUCGAAAUGCUCUGACAUAUGACCACACGAAUAAAGUCAUUGUCAGGGAAAACCUACUCAAUGCCUUCUCACAACAAAGGUGUUAUUUACGAAAUUGUAAGGACGAAAAGUGAAUGUUCGGAGCUUUAACCGGAUUGGUGGGUACGGAUGUUCCAUCUAGAAGACUUGAAAAACCCUGACUCCAAAACAAUGGUGCACAUGGGUUCCAGUA